AUGGCUGCGGUUUUUGAUUCUCCUUUCAGUCGACGUUUGCAUCGUCUACGGCAUCGAGAUUUUGAUUUGGAUGAAGAUCAAAGAUUUGGUAGAUGUGAUUGUACAAGUUAUUCCUACUUUGUACUUUCAAUGGUCUUAUUUUCUGUGGGAACAGUUAUAACAGUACUAGCUCUAGGUGACGCUGACGGCUAUAUUCUUAGUAAUUUAGGACACAUGUGGCUGGUGGGACCCAUAUUUAUAUGUUCUGGGAUGAUGGUAGCUGUUAAAAGUAUGUUGUAUUUGCGUAGGAAAAGUGUUAUACAAAUGCUUCUCCACCAACGUGCGAUUAUCAGGGAUAUGGCCAGUGUUCAAGCAGAGCAAGCAUAUACUGGUCAAGUGCCUCGAACAGCUUCAAGUGCUACAUUACCUCCAUCUUAUGAUGCUCUUAUAUCUAAUGCUUCAGUAAGUAAACCACAGGCUUCAAGUUCAGAUCUGCCACCACCUACUUAUGAUGAAGCUAUGUAUUUAAUUGAUGAAGAAAAAUAUCACAUAGAAAAUAAAAAUGCCAAUGCUGCAAAGCAAGAAACUAGCAAUCUAACUAAUUCAAAUAAUGAUGUCAACAAACCG